CCGGCCGCCACGUCACGUACCCCGGAAUGAUCAAAACAUUACCGACACGAUAGUCGUGUUGUAGUUUCCUAGUUUUCGUAGAUUUUUCUAAUCGGUUGUAACUUUAGAAAUAGUUUAUGCACACCUAGUUAUACUAUGAACAAGUUCACGUACAUUACGUUCUGCGGCUUGUUUCUCUUGUCGGCGGUUACGGCAUCGGAACUCACUUUUGAGUUACCAGAUUCUGCGAAGCAAUGCUUUCACGAAGUUAUCGAUACAGGAGUGCAAUGCACAGUGGAGUUUCAGGUAGUAACAGGUGGUCAGUAUGAUGUAGACAUGCACGUCGAGGCUCCUAAUAAAGAAAUCUUGUACAACGUUGUAAAGAAACAGUACGACAGUUUUACAUGGACAACAAACCAGCCUGGCGUCUACACAGUUUGCUUCAGUAACGAGUUCUCGACGUUCACACACAAGCUUGUCUACCUGGACUUCCAGGUUGGAGAUGAUCCACCUCUUUUCCCCCUCAACGAUGAGCGGGUCACUGCUAUGACGCUGAUGGAGUCUUCGUCAGAAGCGGUUCAUAGUUCGCUUAGAGAUAUGGUAGACUAUCAGACACACCAUCGUCUUCGUGAAACACAGGGAAGGAAACGUGCCGAGGAUCUCAGCAGCAGGGUGCAGUGGUACUCUAUUGGCCAAUCUAUCGUCAUUGUCUCUAUUAUGUGUGGACAAGUGCUUGUGCUCAGAAGUUUCUUCUCUGAGAAAAAACCAUUAAAAAAUGUUUCGACUUAAAGGACUGCAAUGGCUUACAUUAAAACCUACCCUUGUGGGUAACACCACGUUAAUAAGUUCAUGGGUAUAAGCACUUGAAUGCUAGUGGUACAAAAAAUUGUUCUGCUGGAUGUUAGUAUUGUAAAUCAUGGUUAAACUAUUUUUACAGAGCGCAAGAAAAAUCUUUGGCAACCUUAUUUAUUCUCUGCUGUACAGGUUCAUUGAAGCUGUAAUUGGUUUGAAGAAGUGGAAAGACAUUUGUGUGCAUGGAUUAAUUAUAAUGCAGACAUACACGUCAUAUUAUUCUAAAUCAUUUGAUGAUUUAUGCCUUGUAUCUCAUCUAUUACUUUUUUAUGUACUGAGGAAUUACACAUGCUGCAACAUAAUAAAACGUUUAUAUUUUUAGAUUGUUUUCGUAUAAAAUGAAUCUUCCAAAGGUCCUGGCACUGGUUUGAUACUUACUCGUGAUUCUUCAUAUUAAAGGAACACCAUCUGGCAUUUAGUUGCUCUCAUGCCAUUCUAGCUUGGCUUAGAACACCUCCCAUCAAGCUUUGACAAGGCUUGUGCAGGCUGUUUUAAAGGUUAACUUAUAGAACAUAGUGCAAUAUUUCGUAAUCCUUUGCCUGCACACACACGGAUCAAUAAUUUUGCACGCGCUGGAAAUUAUAAUUACUCAUAGCACCUGUGAAUGCCAGAUCUUGUUUCUUUUAGGGAUCUCAGGAAAGGCCACCGAAAUCUCAUUAGCUUGAAUGUGUGCUGUUAUGAUUGUGAGUCUGUGUGUUGUUAUAGUUUAAUGUUAAUGACUCUUGAACUAACGAUAUUAGGCUAAGGUUUUGGUUUAGCACUUUGAUUUACAUGUGAUUACGGUAGUGAAAACCUCUCUACUACGUGUGUAGUUGUCAACAAUUUUAAUACAAUCUAGCAUGUGAUUUGUAGUAUAUAAUAAUUGUCGUGUGCCCACUGGGCAUGUAUGAAGAGAUUCAGUUUUCACUGGCAGGUGACGCCGCGUGCAGUCUCCCUUCUUGACACCGUUUCCACACUCUUCUUUCUCGCUUCGAUCUCUUUUUGCUGCGUGCUAAGCAGAGAUUUGUAGUGUUGCAGCGUCACUGUAUGUGUUACAGAAUUGAAUAGGCGUGCCCUUGAGAGCACUUACUGUGCACACCCAUCAGAUCCAGGCAUUUCUGCAAUCUAUGUCUUACCAUGAAGGUAUACACACACGCACGCACAUUUACAUAUAUGCUAGUACCACUAGUAGUAUACUAAUAUGUAUAUAUACACACGUGUACCCGUGUGUGCACUGUACCUAUUGUAGCAGUAUGCCUUAAUGUGGUUUGUGGCAAUUUUCUUGUGAUUUAAUUUUUGUGUGGGGAUCAUUGACAAAUGUAUCGGUUAGUAUCUUGAUGUAUGACCAACCUGUAAUGCAAAAUGGCCUGCUUUGAAGUUGAAAUGUUGUCAAGAAUAUUGUGUGUAUGAGGUGGUUACUAUUUAAAAGGCACAUGUUUAAUGGUUUUGGUUUCUGUAAGUUACUCUCUAGGUAUUAUCAGUCUAUAAUUGCACUAUCAGUCUAUAAGUUGGAAUGCAAAGUAAUAUAUGGUGGCUAGCACGUAAAGGGAAAAUAAAUUAUUUGUUUUUUAACAAA